AUGGAGACGCUGCUAGGUGCAGUGGGACCGGACACCAGUCCGGUCUCCGAGUCUUCCGUGUCUGCGGGCAUUAUGGCGUCCUCAGCUCCUCUGAUACGGGUCCAGGUAUUAUCAGAAGUGCGAGUGAAACAACAAGAAUCAGCUCCCAGCUACUUCGAGUCGCUGAGUAGAAGUGCUGCACCGCCAUUCCGACGCCCGGGCAAGGAGAUGCGCCCCAGGAUUAUGUUAGGCACCAUCAUGACCGAGCGAGAGGCUAUAGAGAUGGUGAUGGCGACGGCCGACGCCCCUCUCGGACUUUGGAAGUAUAUCUUUAACUUUGUAGUGGAAAAAAAAAUAACGGAAAACUUCAAUCUGUCCGAGCGUCAGUUCCUUGCGAGUCUUGUGUAUGAGGUGAUUGACUACGCGGCGCAGCGUGACUUCACCGCGAGCAAGUUGGCGUUGAUCAUCACGCUCUACCUCGACGCGCACAAGUACUUCAAGUGGUCCUACUGGCUGUCCCCGCGCGAGCUGUGGGCUUACUUCAUGGAGAACUUGAUACGACACUCCAUUGAGUACUCCCCCGAAAGUGUAGAAGUGUUCCAGCCCGAAGAGAGCUACGACAUCCUCACACACUUCCACGCAGCGUACAUGAGCAACCUGCCGCUCGUGCACAUAGCCACCUUCGGCGUCACUCGCCUGCGGAUCAACUGGCCAUUCAAACCCACUAAGUAGGGGUGGCGUAGGGUAGGCAAGAGGGCAAAAUGCCACCGGCCCCAAUGGGGUUGGCCGGUCAAAGUACUAUAC